ACACACACACACACAGCUCCACACACUGGUGGCAAAAACCUGCGCGCAAACAUCCCGCUCGACGAGCUUUGCUUCAAAUCCGCCGUUGUUUUUUUUUUUUGCUGCUCGGAUUUUUUUUUUUGGGGGGGGGGGUGCUUUUCAUUCCUUCUCUUCGGCUGGAUUGCGCCCCGCGCGCGUGCGAGCGAGCGCGUGGAUGUGUCCGCGUGCGUGUAAAACAAAGCCAGCUUCUCGAUUGGACCCGCUUGCAUGCUGCUGAAGCGGUUCAACAAAUGCAGAAAAGGGAGAAAAGUUUCGGUAUACAAAUGCUUUCCGUCCAGCCGGACACGAAGCCAAAAGGCUGUGCCGGCUGCAACCGGAAGAUCAAGGACCGCUACCUACUGAAGGCCCUCGAUAAGUACUGGCACGAAGACUGCCUCAAGUGCGCCUGCUGCGACUGCAGGCUGGGUGAGGUGGGCUCCACGCUGUACACCAAAGCCAACCUCAUCCUCUGCCGGAGAGACUACCUACGGUUGUUUGGCGUGACGGGGAACUGCGCAGCCUGCAGCAAGCUAAUUCCAGCCUUCGAGAUGGUCAUGAGAGCCAAAGAGAAUGUCUACCACCUGGACUGCUUCGCGUGCCAGCUCUGCAAUCAGAGGUUUUGCGUGGGAGACAAGUUCUUCCUGAAGAACAACAUGAUCCUGUGCCAGACCGACUACGAAGAGGGCCUGAUGAAGGAAGGCUACGCUCCCCAGGUCCGCUGACCCUCGUGAGAGGGGGGCCGGGGAGUAGGGAGGGCCCAAAAUUCGGAGGAAGACAGAAGAGUGGGAGAAGACUGACGGAAAGCUUGCAAUCACACAAACAAAAAGCACUAUCGCUUUCCUGUAGAGCUUUUCUCCCCCCACGUGUACAUAAAUGAAGUUUCAUCUGGAAGGGGAGGUACUCGACUGUACAGAAUAGCCAUACAGAGUGACUGACAAGUAUUGCCGCUUUCCUCUCGGCAAAAAAAGAAAAUAAAAAAUAAACACUGGCUUCGGAACAACCCAAAGCAAGUUGUUGGACAGAUAUUUACAUGUGUCACCUUUUACGACAAGGACUUGGCGCUCCAACUACUUGAAUCUAAAACGGAGGUAUUAUCAAUCAGUGUAUCUUUGGGAUAAACACCUUUUUACUGGAUGUUGUAAAAUGUAAUCAGAGGAGCUUGAAGAAGAAAAAAUAAUAAUUUAAUACUUGUGUGUGGGUGUGCGUGUGUAAAUUGCUCUUUGUUUUUAUGUUAUUUGAUUUUAUUAUUUUUUUGCAGGAGUUUCAUAGACUCCGAUCCUCCUGAAAUCAUUGGCACCUAGCGGGAGGGGGAGGUAGGGGAAGCGGCAGUAACAAAGGCCAAAAUGCAAUGUGAUGUCAACGUUGAAGUGGACAAUGAAAAAUGUAUUAAACGCUGACGAUCUAAAAACGAUGGAAUCCGUCAAAGUCACAGAGCAGUAUUUGACCACCUGGAUUUGGAGUCUGUUUUGUUUUAUUAUUUUUUUUUAUGGGAAGCGUAUUUAUUAAACUUUGUAUUGGUAAGUCAAAGAUUACGUUCACGGAGGCCGGUUGUAGCAGAUGUACAGGUGUGCGAAAUCACCCUUGAGUCGUCCGUUUAACUUGACAGUCGAUUAUUUAUUGAAGCGAUUCUGAAUUUGUCUCCGUUCAAACACGCUGAUACUUGAAUGCGAUCGGCGGCGGGCGCGCGACUCCGCUCGCCGUUCGCGGCCCUCGUCAUCUCGGCCUCUGUCCGGCUGCGCUCGGCGUUCAUCCUUGAGUCUGUAAAACUAUAGGUGUAAAUUUAAAAAAAACAACAACAACAAAAACACACACACAAAAGAAUAUUUCCUUUUGCUUGCCUACUGUACAAUUCUUUUUAAUGUGUCAUCCAGCAUGAGAUGUUUAUUUUUAGGACAACGCGUGUAAAUAUUGUAAUUGUCAUAAUUUUAAGCACAAAUGUAAUACAGUUUUAUUGUGUUACGUGCCGUUUUUGGUGUCCUUUUUUUUUUCCUGUCAUUUCGCUAGGGGGGGCAAAAAGAGCAUCAGUUCAACCGGUUGACAGGAGGAAUUUAUAUCCCAAGUUUUUUCACAUUUUCAGAGCCAUUACCAAGGCCCUGUGUUUGCCGGAGCUGCUAAGGUUAAGUAUCUAGCUCAAGGGCACGGCAAUAGAUGCAAACCAGCCACCAGGAAAAAAAAAAUCAGUUUUCUCUGUCUAUUUCCCUAACCAGCAGAGCAUGUUGCCGCUGAUGAUAUAUGACUGAUUUGAAGUGCAAUCGUUUCCUCAGUUUGUUGUCUCUGCUGCUUGCGGGUGGGGCGGGGGAAAAAAAAAACAUUUCAGCCUCGCUUAGAUGCAAGGAACCCAAUGAAAUCGCAAAGUUAAGAUGCACGCUUAACAUAUAGGCGCUAUAAAAAGUCUACACACCCCUGCUCGAUUGUCAUGUUUUUGUUUUUUUUGGGUUGGUUUUUUUUUCCGGUGACAUACAAAACUUGACCACGGUAAAUUAGAUCAAAUUUCCACCAUUGAUAUGACCUAUAAACUGUGCAACUCAAUUGAAAAAAAAAUAAUAAUAAUAAUGAAUGUGAUUGCGUAAGUGUGCACACCCUAUUACAACCGCAAAACAUUUAUUUGGUCUAGGAGUCUUUUCCUGACAUUUCUUUCAAAGAUUGAGUUUUAACGCUGAUUGCUAUUUUUGAACCGUUCAUAAUUCCCUCCUUCUUUAAAGAAUUUAUUUCUAUUUUUUUUUCGAGGGGGGGCGGGUGGAAAUCAUCAAAACAAGUGGCAUUUAAACAGGGAUUUAUAAAGUUUUUCUCACGACUGCAUUUCUAAAUAAAUCCAUCUGUUGUUUGCCGUUGUGAAGCACAAAGCCAAAAAAAAAAAAAAACCUAAACAAAAUGCUA